AUGGCGCUUCGUCUCGGGACCCUUCCAGUGCUCUACGGUCGGGCUGUAGCUCGACCUUUCUCCACGUCUCGUGCUCGUCUGGAGGCCGUACCGUUGCCAGCGCGUAAGCCCGUUGGGGCUUUCCGAGGAGGACUCUUCGGGUUUCUGACUGGAGCUGUAGUUGCGGGGGCAUCCGUCUACUACUACGUCCUUGGCGACUAUCGUGUGUCCAACGAGAUGUUGAAUGAUGACAUUCUAGCCCUUCAGAAUGCUACCAUGAAGCUUCAAUCUUAUAUCAUCGAGCUUGAGGAUCGUGUAGAUCACCUCAAGAAGAAAUGA